AUGGUGUCACCGGCUUCCCACUGCAAACCCAUCACACGAUACAAACACAGUUUCUUGGAUCGCCGUUGCUACGAGGUACCACGACAAUGCUACGAUACAAAUACGAGAUACCAAGACAAUGCUACGACACUAAUACGACGCUGUCACGAGGUACCACGACAAUGCUACGAUACAAAUACGAGAUACCAAGACAAUGCUACGACACUAAUACGACGCUGUCACGAGGUACCACGACAAUGCUACGACACUAACUGUCACGAG